AUGCCGCACCGAUCUUGUGAGUGUCGCCAUACGUAUGGCUAUCCCGACGAGGUCGUCUUGGCGGUGGAUGACGAGCGACGUUACCUGGGGAAAGCGGUCGAUCGCUUGGUUAGACAGCUGGAGGAGGCUAGAGAGAUUAGCCACGGGCAGGCUAGGAGUAUUAGGGAUUUGGAGCAGAGCCUCCGAGUUGAGGUGGAAAGGACGGACACUCUUCAUCGACAGCUUCAUGACACACACCAGCACCUCUUCACUUUGAAGGGGCAACUGAGGGAGAGGGCUCGGGGUAUCAUGCUAGACUGUGAGGUUCUAUUAGAUAUGGCCGCGGAGGCACCACCACGAGCUACCGACCCAGAGCUGAUGGACGAGGUGGAUACUCUAGGUUCCGGAGAUGAAUUGCUGUCUGUUAAUGGGGUGGAUAUAAGAGGGAAAUCUGCCUUUGAAGCAUCAUCUCUAUUACAAGGUCCCGGUGAAACAUUUGUGGACAUCACGGUCAAGCAUGGAAACUGUGGACCUGUCCAAGCCCUUGAGGUCCAGAGGCAAUCUGUUGCAAAAACUCCCGUUUUUUAUCGCUUGGAGCAGAGUGAAAAUGGAACCACAUCCGUUGGUUAUGUGCACUUGAAAGAGUUUAAUGCGCUGGCAAGAAAAGAUUUGGUUAUAGCAAUCAAGCGACUCGAGGACACGGGUGCUCAAUAUUUUGUGCUUGAUCUUAGAGAUAAUCUUGGUGGACUAGUACAGGCUGGGAUUGAAAUUGCUAAACUCUUUCUAAACAAAGGGGAGACGGUGACUUAUACUGUUGGAAGGGAUCCUGAAUAUGUCAAAAAUAUUGUAGCAGAAGUUCCACCUCUAGUUUCGGCUCCUGUUAUUGUUUUUGUGAACAAAAAUACUGCGAGUGCAAGUGAAAUUGUGGCCACUGCACUUCACGAUAAUUGCAGAGCUGUUCUGGUGGGGGAAAGGACUUAUGGGAAGGGACUGAUUCAAUCUGUUUUUGAGCUGCAUGAUGGAUCUGGCGUUGUUGUCACUGUUGGGAAGUAUGUUACACCAAAUCACAUGGACAUAAAUGGCAAUGGGGUUGAGCCUGAUUUCCGCAGCCUCCCUUCUUGGGAUGAAGUCAUGAAUAAUUUGUCUAAGUGCCAUAAGCCACCAGAAGGAUGAGGUUUUUGGAGUUACUAACGUUGCUCGGACAAUUUCAUGAGUUCAAUGCUCGACAUCAGUGUGCCAGCAAUGAGCCGAAGUUCAAUGAUAUGAUGUGUGUCCUACCUUUGGUUCGUCCUGAAUUCGUGACCUCGCUGAGCACCAUGCAGAGGGAAAUUUCAACAUGUUUAGAGCACAGUUGACUACUUGGCGGUGGUUUCAAAGGAUUUUGUUGGCGUACUAAAUCAAGGCUCAAAAAUAAAAAAUUUCUAUAUUAUUAUUUAACAGUGUUUUAAUUAAGUUAAGGUUUUAUUAAGUUUAUUGGAGUUAAGUUAUAGUAGUUUUAUUGUUUAGAAAUUAGUUAUUUAUUAGAAAAUUUCUUAUAGUGUAAGACUUCUUUACCAAACCAUCUAGUCUAUAAAUAGGGAGAGUUAUUAUUGUUGUCAGCUAAUUAUUGUCGUCAUUUAAAAAGAGUGAAAUUUGAGAGCCUUGUUAUCAAGUGUAAUAAUGAUAUAUGGUUGAUUUAUUUCUCUUCUCCUGCACAUGUACAUGUAUGUGUGUAA